CUGGCGUCCUACGGUUAGAAGGAAACGUUCGUUAGCUAGGCUAGCUAGCUGUCUAACUUUAGUCUGUUUAUUCUAACAAAGCCGCAUUCGUCGUCUUUUCUUAGUUCUAGUUGUUACUCGUGAAGGAGACGCACUAACUGAACGGUACGUUUGACAGUAAUCUGGGACGUAUACAUAUCUGGGAUGUCGCCGGAGACCUAAUCUAGCUAACAUUAGCCGUAGCUCUGGAGUCUUGAUCAAGUGAGAGGUUGGGAGCGCAACGUCACCGAUGCUCAUGCCAGUUAUCUAAUAUUUACCUAGAAACCUCCCAGAUUUACUUAGCAAAUCAAUUUAUUUAUUUUUUAAGGCUUUUCUUUUUAGUGGGCGGGAAGACUGAUUAGCUAACUAUAGCGUUAUCUGGUCCUGUGCUCAAGGACUCUUGAAUCAUGUGCGCUGGUCUUUGAUCUGGCAGUGAUGGAGGGUGACGCCGAUAACGCCAACUUAAAGGAGAACCUGAGGCGACAGUUUCAAACCCUGCAGGAAAAGCAGGAGCAGCGUCUCCAGAAGAGACUGGAGAAGAAGAAACAGACAUGGUUUGAACUCGACAGAGAAGACGCAAGCCAGGACAGUCUUAAUCUGUCCGAGGACAACGUCAUGUUGGUGCAGCGGUCCAGUGCAAGGCUGCUACAGGACGAGAACGAGCGGCUGCAGGAGCGCGUGAGAGAGCUCGAAGACGAGAACGGCAGACUCCAUAAACUUCUGAGCGAGAAAGACUUUGAGAUCAAACAUCUGAAGAAGAAGAGGGAGGAGGACAGACUGGCAUUAGUGGGCACAGCAGGUCUGGCAGGGGAUGCAGCAGCCACCAAGAUAGUGGAGCUGUCGAAGAAGAACCGCGAGUUAGCUGCCGAAGUGGAACGAGAGAAGGCUCGAACCAAACAAAUGAGCAACAGAGUGAAAGAACUAGAGAAAGAGCUGCAGGAUGUCGUCAUACACAGCCCUGGGGCAAAUGCAGACCACAAGAAGAAGAUCUUAGAGGAGGAGGAGACAAGUCCACUGGUGAAGUCCCUCCAGGAGAAGUUAUUCACAGCCCAGUUCAAAAUGACUGAAUACCGAAACCAGAUACAAGCUGUCAAGCAGGAACUAAAGAUAGCCCACAAGGUUCUGAGCACUGAGGUGGGGGAGGAUGUGUGUGUGCAGCAGCUCUUGAGCACCCCUGGGAGCUGGAGAGGACGUGCCCAGCAGAUACUGGCCCUACAAAACAGAGUGCGAGAUCUGGAACAGCAGCUGAGCGUGGCCUCCAGCAGGAGGCAGUCAGGUGACCUCGGCCCAGAGCAGGACAUGCUGGGAAGUGGAGUCCACCAGAGGAACCAGGACAGGAACCACAACUACAUCCGCUCCAUGGAGAGAGACAGGAAGGAGACCCUGGAGAAGCUCAGUGCAGACUACGAGCUCCUGCUCAGUGAGCACACCGACGUGAAGAAGAAGCUGGAGGGCAGCCGUGCCAGGAACCGCGUCCUCUCCACCGAGCUCAAGGCCCUGAAGGCCCAGAUCACCACUCUGCUGGACAAGGCCAAGCACGACGAUGAACUUGUCCACGCGCUGUUGAAGCAGCAGGAGCAGCUACAGACCAUGCUGGGCAAACUGGGCCAGAAGGAGGUGCUUCGUCAAGAGGCCCAGCAAGGCCUGAGCACGCAGCUGCACGCCGAGGCCCAGCGUCACAGCUCCCUGGUCCAGCAGCUCAAGCAGAUGGUGUCGGAGAGGGAGGCCAAGGUCCAAGAGCUAGAACAGGAGGUCCAGCAGCUUGCCCUGAGGAAACAGGAGGGUGGAGGAGAGAAGAACACGAGUAGCUCCACCCCUCUGAUGGCGAAGGAGGAUGGAGGCAGGAAGUCUACGUCUGCCAGGUCAAUCUCCAAACUGGGACAUAAAGUCGUCGCGUCAGCUCUGACAGCUGGAAUCGCUUUGGACUCCAGCAAGCACUCGGAGGUCGCAUCCUGCCCUGCGUGUGCUGAUAAGAUGGCUGCUCUGCAGACCCAGAGCGUGGAGCUCCAGGCUCUGUACCAGGCUGCUAACGUGGAGAGAGACCGGCUGCUGGAACUGGCCAAGGUGCAGCAGAGGAGGGAGGAGGACGCGCAGCAGAGGCGUGUGGAGGCCGAGCAGAAGCUCUGCGACGAGAGGCGUCGCACAGUUGUCCUCGAGCAGCAGCUGGAGAGGGCCAAACUGGACACAGAGAAAGCAGGAGGUCACAGGGCUAACCGAAGCAGGACAGGCACAUCAUUCAGCGGUCUGAGUUUGCCUGACAAACAGGAGGGCCUGUCUCCGAGACGAGGCUCAGAGCCAGCGCGAGACACACAGCUCGGUGAACUCAGCAUACAGGUUGCCAUCCAGCAGAAGGAGCUGGACGCUUUGAGGGCAUCUUUAAAAAACACACUGCAGGCCAAAGAAGAAGAUCUGCAGCUAUACAGCACCAUGAUGAGCCAAGUCAAGCAAGUCUUCCUCCAGGCCCUCAGACAGCACAGACAGGGAGCACAGCAGGACACACAACAGGACACCUAACCCUCCUCCAGAACCAGGACACUCCAGAACCUGGACACUCCAGAACCCAGAGGCUCUGCGCAUCUUCCUCCAGCUUUGGGGCCCUUAUCUCCGUUCACCAGACUCCUGCGUUCUUCAGAGCUGUUCAUGUCUACCAUUUACACCUGACAACAGGCCUUCUGUAUGAAAAUUGUUAUCCCUAGUACAUGAUCCCGCUGGCCAUGUGCGGCCCUGGUUUCUGUUAUUCAGAGGAAAAUGAAUUAGCCAGCCGCCAGCUCUCAUACGGGCCAGGCAGACAAAACACAUCAGUUUGGCCAGAAUUAUGAAGCCUGCACAGCCAAAGAAGAUAACGGCUGUGUUUAUGCAUUCUUUGAUGUGGCCAGUAUCUGUGAUCUGAGCGGGAAAAGGAGCAGUGAGCGUCGUCCUUUACUGCUGUAAUUAGCUGUAGGCAAAUGGUUGUCAUCUUAAAGUAAUGCAUCACUGUCACUGACGUUAGCAGAGCAGGAUUCAAGUUUUUAAUCUCUCGUCUUAUAUUUCAUACAUGUAACUGCUACAUGAAAUAAGAUGGUUAUAUUAAAGGCAUCAAUAUAGUGUAAUACUGUGGUAUUAAAGGACUGAGGUUCCACAGUUGAUCAAACUUGACAGAAUCAAAAUAAAGUAAAUAUGCAAGAAUC